UGGUUUACAAUAAUGGGGCUGGGAAGGCAGACAAACGCUGGCGGCAAUGAAAGAUCCUGUUUCAAGAUCUGAUCGAGCUUCAUUUCGGGGCGACGUUUAGAUAAGUGAUCGGAUGAAUGUGCCCUUCCGUUUUGUGUCAUAUUUUUUUUGAGUACAUGAGGUUGCCAAGAUGACUAAUCAUCUGAAGCUCAAGAAGUGAAGGCUGGAAUACGUCCCGAAUGAACGAACAGCUGACAUUUAGGAUACCACAAGAAAAGUUUUUGCAUUCAUUUACAGGAUGCGUGUUUAGUGAUACUUUCCUUUUUCCCUCUUUGUUUGGAAUAUUUAACUUGGAGCGUUUUCUUGGUAAUAUUUAACCAUAUUUAUUGCUGAACUGGUCCCUACUUGGCAGCUUUAAAAUGACACUUUAUGUGGAGGGUAUAAGUAAAGAACCACCCAACAAAAGGAUGGCUCAGUUCCAGGAAAUGAUGCGGCAGCAGCUGGAGAGCUCCAUGCACGCCGAGCUGGAGAAAAUGCUGGACACGGCCACAGGGGCGGAGAAAGAGGUUUCCAGGAAAGAUUUCGAUGGCUUCAAGAAUCUCUUCCAUAGAUUCCUGCAGGUGAAGGGGCCGUCGGUGGAGUGGAUCAAGAUCCGGAGACCACCGGAAGAAUCUAUUCAUCCCUAUGAUAAGAUUGCUGCUCGAGGCCUGCCAGACAAUGUGGCCCACAGCUUAAACAAACUUGUGGUAGUAAAACUGAAUGGAGGCCUGGGUACCAGCAUGGGAUGCAAAGGCCCCAAAAGCCUGAUCAGCGUCCGCAACGAGAACACCUUCCUGGACCUCACCGUGCAGCAGAUAGAGCAUCUGAACAAGACGUACAACACAGAUGUUCCCCUGGUCCUCAUGAACUCCUUUAACACAGAUGAAGACACAAAUAAAAUCCUGCAAAAGUACAUCCACCACCGGGUCAAGAUUCACACCUUUAACCAGAGCAGGUACCCUCGCUUGAACAAAGAGUCACUCCUUCCUGUGGCUACAAACCUGAGCAUGAGUGGUCAGAACGCAGAGGGCUGGUACCCCCCCGGUCACGGCGACAUCUACGCCAGCUUCUACAACUCAGGCCUGCUGGACCAGCUGAUCGCAGAGGGCAAGGAGUACAUCUUCGUGUCCAACAUUGACAAUCUGGGCGCCACCGUCGACCUGCACAUCCUGCACCACCUGGUCAGCCAGCCCAACGGCAAACGCUGCGAGUUCAUCAUGGAGGUGACAGAUAAGACACGUGCUGAUGUCAAGGGAGGCACACUAAUCCAGUAUGAAGGAAAGCUGCGUCUGCUGGAAAUCGCCCAGGUACCCAAAGCCCACGUGGACGAAUUCAAGUCCGUUUCAAAGUUCAAGAUCUUCAACACCAACAACCUGUGGAUCUCUUUGGCUGCUAUCAAGAGGCUGCAGGAGCAGAAGGCAAUGGACAUGGAGAUCAUAGUCAACCCCAAGACGCUUGACGGUGGGCAAAAUGUCAUCCAGCUGGAGACGGCGGUCGGAGCAGCCAUCAAAUGUUUUGACAACGCCCUGGGAAUAAAUGUUCCCCGCAGCCGCUUCCUCCCCGUCAAGACCACAUCGGACCUGCUGUUGGUCAUGUCCAACCUGUACAGUCUGGAGGCCGGCUCCCUCACCAUGAGCCCCAAGAGAGAGUUCCCUUCAACGCCGCAUGUCAAACUAGGCAGCUCUUUCACCAAGGUUCAGGAGUACUUGACCCGCUUCGAAAGCAUCCCUGACAUGCUGGACCUCGACCAUCUGACCGUCUCUGGAGACGUCACCUUUGGUAAAAACGUGUCACUCAAGGGCACCGUCAUCAUCAUCGCUAACCACGGAGAUCGGAUCGAUAUACCAGCCGGCUCCAUGCUGGAAAACAAAAUUGUAUCUGGCAACCUCCGUAUCCUGGACCACUGAGGCCUUUCUCCCCCAUCCCUGAUCUACAUCCUUAUCAUGUGACCCCUGUUUUCCCCACAUUUUUCCUGACACCAACAGAUUGUGAAGGAAGCGACUUUUCCCCUGUGUGUGAUUGCAUCUGCAGUGCUGCUCUGCAAAUCUCUGCAAGCGUUUUACUGGUUUGGAUCGGUUGGGAUAUACUUCCCCCUGCUGGCUGAGUAUAACAUGUAGAAAUAUUAACCAUGAGCUUGUCAUUAUUAAAUGGUUUUAACAAAGACAUCAGAUAACAAAUCUGAUGAUUUUAUCAUGUGCACGUUUAGCACUGCUAAUGCAAUCACUUAGUGUACUAAGAUGGAGGGAAGUAAAGUCAUGGAAGUUACGAAGAAGUUUUUACCAUUUAUUGAAAGCACAAGGAUGUCAUCACAGCGUGCAUCAUGGUUCCACAGUUCAGCCACAAAAACGGAUUAUCUGUCUCAUAUCAACAUAAAAUUGGAGUAUGGUCUCCAAUGCACUUAGCAGAUGUGCUCUCUGAUUGCUCAUCCACAAGGAGGAACCUUAGCAACAGCAUAUCAUAGGAGUUGUGUUUAAUUCAGUGUAAAACAUGUUCACAGUGUCACAAAGUUGAAGGACACUGUUUUUCUGAGCUGAAGCCACAAAGAUGGAGCAGUUCUCCAACUAGAAUACUUUCCCAUCUCAUUGAUUCAUAGACUGUGAUCCAGAUAACAGGUAAAUAAAAUCAUCAUUUUAGUGUAAACUUGCCUCAGGUUUACUGUUUGCCUAAUAAAAGACAAAAAAACUGAGUGGAAACACUAGAAAUCUGCUUUGAGGUGACAAUGAAGAUGUGUUUUUCAACUAGUUUGAGAGUCUUCUGUCUCACUACAUUGAGGUGAAUGUUUUUUUUUUGUUUGUUUUUUGUUUUUUCCUUUGGUAUGAGCUUCCCAGUUAUAAUUUGAUAUGUUUUGUUUUUUUAAUUAUGUGGAAUGAGUGUCUGUGGAACCAUGAAUUCUGAGGUGAAGUUUGUGCUAACAAAUAAUUGGGUAAUUUGCCUCCAGAGCCAUGGAAACUGUGAGAGAACUUACUGUACGUCUGUACUUCCAUUGCAAAGAUUCAAUGUCCUAACUAACCCGCCUUGACUGGAGUACGUGCCAUAGAGGAAAACGUGUUGCCUGAACCGGUUGUUUGCUCUUUUGUUUUUCAUGUUAUUACCACAAGCUGACUGUAAGGAUCCAUAUCCAGGCAUACUCACUAAGACAUGACAUGUAUUAUUAAGUGAAGGCCUUUGUUCAUUGAGUCUCAUUACAUUUGUGUUGAUUUUUACGUUAAUAUUUUUUACUUCUCCUGGUUCUUCUGUCCAUCCCUCAUUCCCUGUUGUUACUUUAUGAUACGAAAAAGGAGGCACACUGCUUUCUGUAAUGUUGGUUUACACAGAUUUGGAUUUAUUUACAGAGAAAAAUAUGUACAAGUGUCAGUGUGAGAAUACCUGAGAUGGGUCUGACUCAUGCCGACCAGGAGCCCGAAAGCAAUAAGUGUUGAUCAGUGACGGUAACGAGGUCUCAGCCAAGUUUAGCCUCUUCAGAGCUGAAUAAAGUGCAAUAUGAAGUACU